AUUGUGAAUAAAUUAUAUUGACGUCAGUAAAUGUCAUUUCGUGCGUUCAAUCAAACAUAUUCUUUGCAAGCAACUAUGUUAAGUUGUGGGCAUAAUACGCCGGUGGUAUUUGUAUUAGCUUAGUGGAGUUCUAAUAAGUUUAAAUAACGAAAUCUUAUAAUUAUUUAUUUAUUUUGAUAUUAUAUAUUUAAUAAUAUUAAUACAAAAAUGGCUGAUGAAUUUCGUGAAGAGGAGACCAAAGAAUAUCGCUGGGAAACUGGCUAUGAGAAAACUUGGGAAGCUAUCAAAGAGGAUGAUGAUGGGCAGUUGGAUACUGUUAUUGCUGAAAUUAUACUCAAAGCAAAACGUAAGCGACAAACAGAAAAAGUCAAGCGCAAUCGCUUGGGUAUUAUGCGCCAUAUGUUUUUGAUAAUUGAUUGCUCAGAAUCGAUGUCUGUGCCAGACCUAAAACCUUCCAGAAUGACUUGUACACGCAAACUUUUGGAAAUUUUUAUUGAAGAAUAUUUUGAUCAAAAUCCUAUAAGUCAAUUGGGCAUCAUUUUGUUACGCGGCAAACGUGCAGAGAAAGUAACAGAAUUAUCCGGAACAGCAAAAACACACUUGAAAGGUUUAGAAAUUUUAAAUAAAAUAACUCCAACAGGUGAACCGUCCUUACAGAACGGCCUUGAAAUGGGCUGGAAACAUUUGAAACUUUUACCAUCGCAUGCAUCACGUGAAAUUUUACUUAUUAUGAGCUCAUUAACAACUUGUGAUCCAUCUGAUAUAAAUGUUACCAUAGAAGCAUUAAAACAAGAUCGUAUUAGAUGCUCGGUUAUCUCAUUAUCGGCCGAAGUUCGUCUCUGUCGUUAUUUGACACAACAAACAAAUGGUACACUGGGAGCGGUAUUAGACGAUUCACAUUAUCGUGAGCUGCUAUUGGCGCAUAUUGAUCCACCACCAGCGGCACAAACACAAGUAAAUUCAUUGAUUAAAAUGGGUUUCCCAAGUGCUGGAGAAGAUGAUAGUAUUAAGCCUCCAUUAUCUAUGUGCGUAUGCCAUUUGGAUAGCACUGAUGAACCCAGUAAAUUAACAACAGAGGGUUACUUCUGUCCAAAAUGCUCAAGUAAAUAUUGUGAAUUGCCAGUUGAAUGUAAAACAUGUGGCCUAACAUUGGUAUCCGCGCCCCACUUAGCACGUUCGUAUCAUCAUCUAUUUCCAGUUAAACAUUACAUAGAGUCACCCAACACUGGAAUUGUGAAAAUGUGCUUUAGUUGUCGUAAGGUUUUUACAAAAAAGGAUCUAAAUGUAUACCUUUGCGAGGCAUGUGAACAAUAUUACUGCGUCGAUUGUGAUAUUUUUAUACAUGACAACAUGCACACUUGUCCUGGUUGCACAACUAUACCAACCAUCGCUAAGCAAACAUAUGCUCGGCAACCACAAAUGCCGAGCACAGGGAAAAUGCCAAGCAGUUCCCAAUGAUGUUAAUAAAUUUUAUUUUAAAAUAGUUUUAUAAAGAUAUUUAUUUUGUAUAUUCU